UCUGCCUUUUCAAGUGCUCACCCUCUCCCUUACAAUUUUCCCGCUUUUGUGCUGGUUAGUAGUAGACUGGUCAACCAUCUCCAAGGGCUGCCGCGCGCUCCUGUGGUGUGCCGUGGUCGAUUGCUGUGCGCGGAAGGUAGUCGCGGAAGGGGAGCGAGCUAACUUUUUUCCAAAAACUUCAGGGAGGUCGUUCAGUUUUCUCUGUAUUUGA